CGGGAGCGGGAGGAGGAGGAGGAAAACACCAUCCACGCACAGCCAGCGGCGGCAGCAGCGAGGGGCGGCCGGGCGGGGCGGGGAGGGGACACAGCGCCCCCCGCCCGCCGACGCCUCCGCACGGGGCCGGGACCGGGACCCCCCCUGGCCUCGCCCGCCCCGCGUCCCGCACGGACCCGCCGCCCUCCGCGCGACCCCCGAGCGGGGGGGGCCGCACCUGGACGCGGAAGGGCGGCCCCGGGCCCCCCCUUCCUCCUCUUCUCCUCCCGGCCCGGAGGAGCGGGGGACGCGUCCCCCCCGCCUGCACCGGAGAAGGGCCUCCCGGCUCGAGGAUUAUCGGCGCGGGGGCGGGUAGCGAGGAGCAGCGCGCCCGCCCCGGCCUCGGCGCGUCCCCUCCCGGCCGCGGGGCCCCGCGGGGCCGAGGGGCCGGAGCGCGGCGGCCGCCCCGGGCAGUGACGGGGUCGCCCCGGGGGCCGCCCGCCUUGCCCCUCGCCCCCCGGCCGUCCCCCCAGACAUGCCCCGCCGUGGCGGCCCGGCUCGCCGAGGAUCAUGACUGCGGCAGCGAACUGGGUGGCGAACGGGGCCAGCCUGGAGGACUGUCACUCCAACCUCUUCUCGCUGGCCGAACUCACAGGCAUCAAAUGGCGUAGGUACAACUUUGAAGGCCAUGGGGACUGUGGGCCCAUCAUUUCAGCUCCAGCCCAGGAUGAUCCCAUCCUGCUCAGCUUCAUCCGCUGCCUGCAGGCCAACCUGCUGUGCGUGUGGCGCCGGGACGUCAAACCCGACUGCAAGGAGCUCUGGAUAUUCUGGUGGGGGGACGAGCCCAACCUGGUCGAUGUCAUCCACCGCGAGCUGCACAGUUGGAUUGUCUGUGUGACUUCGAGUUCCAUGGCCAGAACUUUGUUCUUGUGCUGUAUUCACAUCUUCAGGAGCAAAAGUCCCAGGAAUUUGAUGCUGCAGAUCCAAGAGGAAGACUAGAGUCUAUCUGAAACAUUGACAUCUGAGAUAUAGGGACUAUAGGGAA